CGGAAGAGGGGGAAGGAGCUGGAUUAGAAUACAGAAGGAUGCUUGGGCCAGCAGGUCCCCACCCCAACCGCCCCAGGCUCCGGGAACUGGCACUCUACUCUGUUUCUAUGAGACCCAUGUUUUUAGGUUCCACACACAAAUGAGAUCAUGUGGUAAUUUGUCUUUUCUUGCCUGGCUUAGUUCAUCCAUUUUCUCAAGUGACAGAAUUUCUUUCCUCUUCAAGGGUGAAUAGUACUCCACGGUGUGCAUACACCACACGCUCUUUGUCCUUCAUCUGCUGAUGGUCACUCAGGUCAUCUUCACCCCCUGGCUAUUCUGAAGUGUGCUACAAUAAAUGUAGGGGUCCUGACAUCUCUUCGACACACUGAUUUCACAUCCUUUGGAUGCAUACCCAGAAGUGGGAUGGCUGGAUCACGUGACAGUUCUAUUUUUAGUUUUUAGAGGCACUUUCAUACUAUUUACCAUAAUAGCUGGAUUAAUUUACAUUUCUACUGACAGUAUGUAAAAAUUUCUUAUUCUCCAUCCUCAUCAAUAUUUCUUUUGUCUUUGCUAAGAGCUGUUCCAACCAGGGUAAGGUAAAAAUCUCAUUGUUAGUCAAAGGAGAUAUAAUCAAUUACAAUUACAUGGGAGAAAUAAAUUUAAACAUAUCUGUUGAACAGUGACUAUAGUAAAUGACAAUGUAUUGUUUUCUUGAAAAAUUUAAAAAGCAAUUUUAGAGUACCAAAACAAAAACAGUUCUUUAAUUUUUAUCAAAGAAGUAAAAAGUCAGUAAUAUUGUUACAGCUUCUGAAAAAACUGGUAAAAUUGAAAAGCAGAAAAAUACCCUUCAGCCAUUUAUGUAUUUGCUUCUUUUAUUAAGAGAGAAAAAUAUCUUUGCGAUUUCACUAAAAGAGCAUCUACUAAUACAAAGAAGUAGAUUUGAAGUCUUAAUUUUCCAUCUUAUUGGUGAAUUCCUCUUUGAUCUUCCUAUGCAGAAAGACUAAAGUCACCUUACACAUCAGCUAAACCAUUUUCUUUUUCACCCCUCCAUAAAGAAAUUGCAAUGAAAAAAUUUUUUUUCAUGUACUUCUAUAUAGCUAAUUGGCAGGCCAGAAAAUUAUAUUAACUUAUUUUAGUUUUACACCAAUAAAACAUACAUUGAAAACUCAAAAAGUAAAUAAUAAAGCUCAUGGAUGGUAUAUAGCCUCGGUACCAAAAUGGGUAACUAUGGAAAGGCUUGCAUUUCCUCAUGAGCUAGGUCUAACCACCCCAAGAUGUGGAAACUUCAAGUUGAACAUGAUAAAAUCACACAAUGUUACCUUUCAAUUGAAAUAAUUAAAUACAGUAAAUCUUUAAAAGAAGAGCAGAAGGGGAGGGCACAUCAUAAAUUGCAUGGGGACCGAGGGUGGCUGGGGAUAUAGCUCAGUGAUCCAGCACUUUUCUGGCAUGCAAGUGGCCCUGAAUUUGGUCCCCAGCACUGCCAAGACGAGGCAUAAGAGGAGGAGGAGGAGGGGAAUGAAGGAGGGCAGAGAGAAGUGAGGCAAAUAUUUAUACAUUAAUAGGAGAAGGACCAAAGUCAGGUGCUGUGGUCUUGGUUUUUUUUUGAAGUAGGAUGCAGGAAUCUGCCAAGAACGAUGAGGUGAGGGGUGAUGCUUGCUGCAGACAUGGUUGGCGAGGGUGAGAAAGUACGGAGUGACCUUUGGGGGACGCAGAGUAUCUGGCCAAAGGGAGCGAGGUAGUGGGCUAUAUCGUGGGUCCAGUUCCCGUAAAUUCCACCUUUGGGGGAUUUUCCCCAUCUGCACCAGGAGCAGCAUCUUUUCUUUCUCCAGAUUAACAUUUUGUUAUAAGGUGUUAGGGAACAGUGUCCAAGAUCACCCACGCUCCUCCUGUCCAGGAGCCUUGGCUCCCUAAAGAAUCCUGGAGCAACAGAGAAAAGGUGGGGGUGAUCCGUCCUGUAAAAGCACUGACUCUUAUUAGUCCAUGAUUUCCAGUGUGCUGUGGAAGCCUGGUGCAAGCCUGGAGUGUAAAGAUCCAAGGUCCUCUCCAGCCCCUUCUCUGUUCCGUGCCUUCCCAUCUCCGUAGCAGCCCGCAUGUCGGAGGAGAUGAGGGAAGCUGUGUUGAUUCUGUCCAGAAGCCUUGUGUGUUCUUUUCCAUUCUGUGAGUCACUGUGACAAAUUGCCCAUUCCAGGCUCUCUUGGCAUUAAAUAUCUGAAAUGGAGUGGAAUGCAGGGGUCAGGGAUUGGAAAUACCCCCUCCUUAUUUUUUUCCCUUGCUCUCUCGAGCCCAGAGCUGCUGGAAGCAGAAGUGUUCCAAGGUAACUAGCUAGGAGCAUAAGGUACAUUGGAAAUCCAUUGUGCAAACAAGAGGCUGUUUUGAUUUCUCUCCACUUUCCUUUGGGUAUUAACUUCCUUCUCAUUGGUGUUUGGUUUCUGGGAAUAAAUGUGGCACCAGCUUCAUGGGUUUAUUUUAAGGAUUAAAGAAGUAAGGCUAUGGGAAGUAAUGGUUGCAGAGAGCUUGACAGUGCAGCGUAGUCAGCAUUCAGUACAUAUUGCAGUUGUUUAUAGCGAAGCAUUUGUAUGAAGGAGAGACUUGUUUAUAUUGUGGGAGAAAGAGCAAAGGGACCUUUUUUUUCACCGUCCCUUGCGGGAAAUCACUUAUCUCACCUACACCCAAGGCUGAUGUGUGGCUGGGAAACUAACGACAGUCCUACCUGAGCACCAAUCCUGGGGAGCCACAUGGGUGGGAGACAGCAAUAAAAGAGUCCGCAGCAGGCUGCCUUCCCAUAGUCAGCUGGAGGAAGAGGAAGGUUCUGGAUUCUCACCCUAAGCUGCACGGACAGUCUGCACACUGUGGAGUGACCUGUGUGCCUCGCCUUACCAGAAGGAUGGUGGUCUCUCACCUCCUGUGGCUGACCUUAGCCUCUUGCAUUCUGGCCCUGGCAUCGGCUGUACAGCAAGGUUACACAAGUCCCAGAGAAAUCAGUUCCUAUUCGCAAGACCUGGCCUGCGGAGAUCCUGGAACCCCAGAGGCCGACAUUUGUUUUGACCCCUGCCAGAAUCACACCGUCCUGGACGAGCCCUCCCGUAGCAUCGAGAACACAGUCAUGAGCAACAAGGUCUGUGAUGUGGACUUGCGUGGCUGGUACCGCUUUGUGGGUGAAGGAGGAGUGCGGAUGUCUGAGAGCUGCGUCCCAAUGCGCCGAUGCCAGGCCGAUGCUCCCAUGUGGCUCAACGGGACCCACCCCUUCCUUGGGGAUGGGAUCGUUCAGCACACUGCUUGUGCCCACUGGAGUGAAAGCUGCUGUCUCUGGAGCACCAACGUGCUGGUGAAGGCCUGCCCGGGUGGGUACCAUGUGUACAGGCUGGAGUCCACCCCGACGUGCACUUUGAGAUACUGCACAGACCCUUCCACCGUGCAGAACAGGUGUGAGGACACCUGCCGCCCAGAAGAGGAGUGCCGUAUGGAAGAUGGCAUCUGGGGCUGUUUCUGCAGACAGAACCUCAACAGCUCUGAUGUUCACAGUUUGCAGCCUCAGCUGGAUUGUGGGGCCAGUGAGAUCAAGGUGAAUCUGGACAAAUGUUUGCUGGAAAGCCUGGGUUUGGGGGAGGAGGUGUUGGCCUACCUGAGUGACUGGAACUGCAGCAGCGUCCUGCAAAGAGAAGAUGGCAACUGGUUAUCUGUGAUCAGCCCUGUCCAAGAUAGUGCCUGCGGGAACAUUCUUGAGAAAAAUGGAACCCAUGCCAUCUACAAAAACACCCUCUCCUUGGCCAACAAUUUCAUCAUCAGAGACGUGCUCGUCAACAUCAACUUCCAGUGUGCCUACCCACUGGACAUGAAGGUCAGCCUCCAAACUGCACUUCAGCCCAUUGUAAGUUCUCUGAACAUCAGUGUGGGCGGGGAUGGAGAUUUCACAGUCAGAAUGGCCCUCUUCCAAGACCAGAGCUACACAAAUCCUUAUGAAGGGGAUACAGUUGUGCUGUCAGUGGAAUCCAUGCUCUAUGUGGGCGCCAUCUUGGAGAGAGGAGACAGCUCCCGUUUUAACCUGUUGUUAAAGAAUUGCUAUGCCACCCCUUCUGAAGACAAGAAUGACCCUGUGAAGUACUUCAUCAUCAGAAACAGCUGCCCGAAUCAACUCGAUUCCACUAUCUCUGUGGAGGAGAAUGGAGUGUCUUCAGAGAGCCGGUUCUCAGUUCAGAUGUUCAUGUUUGCUGGAAAUAAUGACCUAGUUUUCCUGCAUUGUGAGGUUCAUCUCUGUGACUCCCUUCACGAACAAUGCCAACCGUCUUGUUCAAGAAAUCAACUCCGCAGUGAUGUACUGGCCCUUGACCUGGGCAAAGUUUUAGAUCUGGGACCCAUCGCUCGGAGAGGGGCCCAGGCUCUUGGUGUCGUAAGUGGAACUCCCCAAACUUCAGGGUUCCUGGUGGCCUGGCCCAUGUUCCUCCUGCCUGUCCUCCUGGCGUGGCUGUUCUAAGAGAUCAGUUGAGUGUCUGGCCUUGAAGUCCAAGUUCUUCAUCCUGGCAGUGCCUUCUGUUCUGAGGGAGGAGCUUGCCCCUCCUUUGCCACUCCUAUGCCUUUGUAUUCCUCUUCUCCUCGCGGUGGGGGUCCUGUCAGCCUGUCCUGGGACGAGUUUUGAUUUUCUUAUUCACUAGUGGUAGCUUGAAAGCAAAUUUUCUAGGUGUGUCUGUGGCACUAUUCUUCACCGGAAUGGUAUGUUGAUAACUCCAGGCAGGAAGUGAGCAUCCUGUCACUGGGUGGGAGCCAGUGAGCACAAGAAAGAGGGUCCUCCAUGAAUCCUCCCCAAGUGCCUCCUGCCGUACUGUGAAUGAAUCAAACAGACCACCCUUGCAUUCUC